AUCUGAAUCUUCAGAUAAAGACGUUGUAUUUUGUCUGUAUGAAAUAUAGACUUUUGAAACAUAUGACAGCAUAUUAUUUCUAAAUUAUUAUGAAUUUAUAUUUUUUAGGGGGACAACUCAAUAAUUAAGGCGAUUUUAGGGGUUUUUGACACAAACUUAGGGAUAAAUAUUUUGGAGAGUUGGUAACACUGCUGUUGUGUGACUGACUGUGACUAUAAUUGACUCUAUAGUGAUCUGUGCUUUAUGACAAAUUGAUAAAAUAAUAAAGAACGGUUUGUGAAAAAGAUUACCGAUUAAAACAAAGCAAAUAAUUGAUAAAUGCACAAAGGAAAAUAAUGCGUCCAUGUUGUUCUUUACAGUAAAAAAAGAACUUUACAAUAGUAUCGUUCGGUAUUAUAUUGCGACUUGAUAGUAUCAUAUUAAUCUGUGAGCUUGAGUGUGUCGUGAUCGCAGAUCGCAGUGCCACCGCCAGGUCCGACCGCCGCUGCACCAUGGGCAUCUUCGGGACGUCGUCGCCGUUCGACCAGGACGUGGAGCGCGCCACCAGCGAGACCAGCACCAGCGAGGAAUGGGGGCUCAUCCUCGAGAUCUGCGACCGCGCGGGCGCCAGCGCCGCCGCCGCGCGCGACUGCCUGCGCGCCGUGCUGCGCCGCCUGGCGCACGCCGACCCGCACGUGCAGGUGCACGCCGCCACGCUGCUGGACGCGUGCGUGGCCAACUGCGGCCGCGCUUUCCACCUGGAGGUGGCCUCGCGCGACUUCGAGGCCGAGUUCCGGCGCCUGCUGGCGCGCGCGCAGCCGCCCGUGCGCGCCCGCCUGCGCGCGCUGCUGCGCAAGUGGGCCGACGGCGAGUUCCGCGACGACCCGCAGCUCGACCUCAUCCCCUCGCUGCACGCCAAGCUGGCGGCCGAGGACGGCGCCGCCCCCGCCGCGCCCGCCGCGCCCGCCGCGCCCGCCGCGCCCGCCGCCGCCGAGCGCCGCGAGCAGGAGGAGCUGGAGCGCGCCAUCGCGCUGUCGCUGCGCGAGGCGGGCGCGGGCGCGGGCGGCGGCGGCCUGUACCCGCGCGUGGACGCGCCCGCCCCCGCGCCCGCGCCCGCACCCGCGCCCGCGCCCGCCGCCGCCCCCGUCUCGCGCACCGUGCGCGCGCUCUACGACUUCGAGGCGGCCGAGGACAACGAGCUGACGUUCGCCGCCGGCGAGCUGGUGCACGUGACGGAGUGCAGCGACCCCAACUGGUGGAAGGGGCACACGGAGCGCGGGGAGGGGCUGUUCCCCGCCAACUUCGUGACGGCGGAGCUGAGCGAGCCGGCCGCCGCCGCGCCGCCGGGCCGCAGCGUGACGUUCGAGGAGCCGGCGCCCGAGCCCGUCGGCAUCGACGAGGCGGCCGUGGACGCGGCGCUGGGCGCGCUGCACGAGGCGGACCCGGCGGGGCGCGACGCGGACGGGCUGGCGGCGCUGGAGGCGCGCGCGGCGGCCGUGGGCCCGCUGGUGGACGCGGCGCUGGAGCGCGCCGACCGGCGGCACGCGCGCCUCACGCAGCUCAGCGCCGACCUGGUGGACGCGCUCAACCUGUACCACGAGCUGAUGCGCGAGCCGCCGCGCGCCGUGUACGCGCCCGCCGCGCUGCACUACCUGCCGCCCGGCGCGAUGCCGCCCGGGGCGCUGCCGCCCGGCGUGUUGCCGCCCGGCGCGCUGCCGCCCGGCGUCGUGCCGCCCGGCGCGCUGCCGCCCGGCGUGAUGCCGCCCGGCGCGCUGCCGCCCAGGUGCUGAGCGUCGCCCCGCCGCCCCGCCGCCCCGUCGCCUCGAGUUCUCUAUUCUCAAGAAUGUUAAUAUGUAUUAUAACUAUUGUUAAAAUUGAUAUUGUCUAAAUUAAUAUAUUAUUAUAAAUUAUUGUAUAAACUUAGAAAUACUA